AUGACUCUCAAUCUUGAGUUCGACAGCAACAUCUACUCCGACUAUACCAUCCUUACACCUUCACAGCUUUCCUCUUGCGGCAACCCUAACAAUCCAGACUUUCUGGUUCAGUUUCGUGUCUACUUUUCUCAUGACUCAACAUCUAUGCAUUUGUAUACCUCAAAAACUGUUAUUUUAAGGUCCGAUUCUAUUAUUACUGAUCUCAAUCACUACGCAAUUCCGUUAUUCGGAUCUCUUGGCAUAUUGGAAGAGCAUCAACAUAAUCUUGUUUCUGAGAUAUCUUCCUUUGCUGAUGAAUUGGCUUCGGAUAAUUCAAAUGCCGGUCAUGAAACGAUGUUUCCCAUAGUCGUUUCUAUUGUCUUCUAUCAGGCAAGACGAAAGGAAGAAGCGGCAGCGUUGAUUAAGGAACUUGGAAAAGUAGCGGUGAAAGAGGAGGAUUAUACUGAGGAGUGCCCUAUUUGCUUAGACAAACCUUCAAUUGGGGAAGAAAUAACUUACAUGCCUUGUUCUCAUUUUUGUCACUCCCAUUGUCUGCUGAUGUGGUUCCAAAAGAAUUCUUCUUGCCCUUUCUGUCGUUUCCAUUGCUAA